AUGCGAGGCAAAAGAUACAGUUAUUCCCACCAAGCAAUCAUAACCCAUUUCUCUCUUCACUAUACACCAAGUCACCAACCAUCACACAAACCCACUCCAACACAUUCAAUUCAAACCCUCCAAAAUACAAAAUUUAAAAAAUUAAAAAAAGUGCUCAAAGCUUAACUAACUAACCCUUCCCAUUCCCAUGGCCUCAAUCUCAGGCAUUUGCUCUUCCUCCCCAACUCUCAAACACCAAAACCAUUCCCCAAUACGACGUUGCACGCAACACCUCUCAUUCACCACCCGCCCCAAACCCGCCCCCACGCGCUCCCUCGCACGUGAGGCUCCAGCGCAACUCUCCGCAAUCACUAAAGGUGUGAACACGGGACUGGAGAAGGAACCUCGCCCCCUAUGGCGACGCUACGUCGAGUGGCUCUACCAGCACAAGGAUCUAGGACUGUACCUGGACGUGAGUCGGGUCGGGUUCAGCGACGAGUUCGUUCGCGAAAUGGAGCCCCGGUUUCACUCGGCGUUUCGCGCCAUGGAGGAGCUGGAGAAAGGUGCUAUCUCGAACCCCGAUGAGCGGCGCAUGGUUGGGCAUUACUGGCUUAGAGACUCGAAGCGUGCGCCGAACUCGUUCCUCAAGGCGCAGAUUGAUAACACGCUCGACGCCAUUUGCACGUUCGCGAACGACGUCGUCAGUGGUAAGAUUAAGCCUCCGUCGUCGCCGGAGGGCAGGUUUACUCAGGUACUUUCGGUUGGCAUUGGAGGUUCUGCUCUUGGACCGCAGUUUGUUGCGGAGGCAUUGGCUCCUGAUAAUCCUCCACUCAAGAUAAGAUUUAUUGACAACACGGAUCCUGCUGGAAUUGAUCAUCAGAUUGCUCAACUUGGUCCUGAGCUAGCUUCGACACUUGUGAUAGUAAUUUCAAAGAGUGGAGGUACCCCUGAGACUAGAAAUGGCUUACUAGAAGUACAGAAAGCCUUCCGUGAAGCAGGAUUGAAUUUCCCAAAACAGGGUGUUGCUAUAACACAAGAAAAUUCAUUGUUGGAUAACACUGCAAGAAUUGAGGGCUGGUUAGCUAGAUUUCCCAUGUUUGACUGGGUGGGAGGUAGAACAUCAGAGAUGUCUGCAGUUGGCCUGCUUCCAGCAGCCCUUCAAAGCAUUGACAUCAGAGAAAUGCUUGCUGGUGCAGCAUUAAUGGAUGAGGCAAAUAGGAAUACCGUGAUAAGGAAUAAUCCUGCAGCUUUGUUGGCAUUAUGUUGGUAUUGGGCUACAGAUGGUGUAGGAUCAAAGGAUAUGGUUAUCCUUCCGUAUAAGGACGGUCUGUUAUUAUUUAGUAGGUACUUGCAACAGUUGGUCAUGGAAUCACUAGGCAAGGAAUUUGACUUGGAUGGUAAUCGGGUUAAUCAAGGAAUUAGUGUCUAUGGAAAUAAAGGAAGCACAGAUCAGCACGCCUACAUUCAGCAACUGAGGGAUGGUGUACACAAUUUUUUUGUCACAUUCAUUGAGGUGCUACGUGAUAGACCACCUGGUCAUGAUUGGGAGCUUGAACCAGGUGUCACAUGUGGCGACUACCUGUUUGGUAUGCUGCAGGGAACAAGGUCAGCCCUAUAUGCUAAUAACCGUGAAUCCAUCACAGUGACUGUGCAAGAAGUGACACCCAGAUCAGUUGGUGCCCUUAUUGCACUUUAUGAACGAGCAGUUGGGAUAUAUGCUUCACUUGUUAACAUAAAUGCUUAUCACCAACCUGGUGUGGAAGCUGGUAAGAAAGCCGCAGGAGAAGUAUUAGCACUUCAAAAGCGGGUAUUGGCUGUGCUAAAUGAAGCAAGCUGCAAGGAGCCUGUCGAACCAUUAACGCUUGAAGAAGUAGCUGACCGUUGUCAUGCCCCAGAAGAUAUUGAAAUAAUUUAUAAGAUCAUUGCUCAUAUGGCUGCCAAUGACAGAGCACUAAUUGCUGAAGGUAACUGUGGUUCUCCACGGAGCAUCAAGGUUUUUCUUGGUGAGUGUAACGUUGAUGAAUUGUAUUCUUGAGUUAGACUGACGAAAUAUUUAUUCCAUAAUGGUAUAGAUGUGUUUGAAUAACCAUCAAAAGAAAGGAAGCAGGUUACAAUAAAUUGUUUUGAUUGUUGGAUCUCUCCAUCUACAAUGAAAAUGAUUUUUUAGACGAACUUUUGAAAGGGUGGUUGAGUUUUGGUGAUCUGUUUGAGUCAUAUAAAUUUAACUACAUUUGAUAUUACAAUGGUAUAACGAAAUGGAGAAUCUGGUUGGUUAAUGUAUAAUUCUGUUUAU